CGAGUGUUAGAUGCAGAACCAUAUUGGUCUUUCCCAACCCAAGUGAAAGUAGUGUUAGCGUGUUGUGUGGUUCAUAAUCACAUUAUGGGGGUUGAACCAAAUGACCAUAUUAUGGAAGAUGCAAUGAACCAAGUAGAGCUUAGUGACCACCAACAAGAAACACAAUCCCAUCGGGAGUCCGUCGAAGAUAGUAGAUCAUGGAAUGCUAAGAGAGAUGAGAUAUGCCAAGCCAUGUGGUCUGAUUAUAUCAGGAGUGGAGAGUAGUAUUUUAUUUAGAUUUCUAUGAUUGUAAUGUGUUUUUCCUUUUUGUUUUUUUGUAAAGACAAUGUAUGUAAUAUAGACUUUUGGUGAUGUAAUGAAAAAGAAUUUUUAGCAUUACAUUGUUAUUUGAUGGUAUUACAUUGUCAUUUCCAUAGUUAGCAUGUUCCAUUCUGUUGUACACAUUCAUAAGCGUGGUUGUAUGUGUGUUUGAUUUGUUAUUCAUGUUCCGAGCGUAAUUACUAAAUGCUACUCUGACUAUACUAUUUUCAUAUGUAGUAAUGUCAAAGGGGAAAGAAAAAGUUGGUGGCAGCAAGCAAUUUAGGUGGCUGCCACCUAUGCAUGAGAUGAUGCUAAAGAUACUUACAGAGGAGGCUGGAAAGGGCAAUAAGCCCUCUAAUACUUUUAGGGCCGGCUCCUUUGCUCUUGUAGCCAAGGAGAUAACGGCCCAUUUCGGGGUUGAGUGCCACCCUGUAUUUGUGGAGAACCGGAUGCGGACUCUAAGGUCCAUGUGGUCAACUAUUCAAGAGCUUAGAAGGAAGAGUGGAUUCGGUUGGGACGAAAAUCUGAAAAUGAUAACUUGUGACGCAAAAACAUACCAAGAAGAAGUUAUGGCACAUCGGAAGCAUGCCGAGUAUCUGAACAAAAAAAUUGAGUUUUACGAUGAAUUAGCGAUUGUGGUGGGAAAGGACACAGCCACAGGUGGCUUUGCUAAGUCCGGAGUGGAUAUCGAAAAUGAGCCAGAUAAUGGGGAUACUGGGGAUAGUGCAGAGUUUGUCGCAGAUAAUGUGGAGGAAUGUGUGGUUGAAAGGGGAAGAACGCAAAUGAAUCAUCCACCACUGGGUCGGGAAUUUCCAAGUCCCGCAAAAGAGGGCGUGCAGCUUCUACUGUUGAUGAUAGUGUGCUGACUGAUCUAUCUGAUCAGCUGAAGGAAAUAGCUGGCGCUCUGAAAGAAAUUAAUCGGGGCCCGGUAGAUUAUACAACUUUGUAUAAUGAGGUAAUGGCUAUGAUGGCGGAGGGAUAUAGCGAAGAUAUGCUCGCUACUGCCUUCGACCAUCUUUGUGAGAAUGAGAAGACGGCACGUGGAUUUUUAGCCAAGAAUGCUAGGUUGAGGAAGCUAUGGUUAGAUGGUUAUUUUUUCUCACAAAUUUGAUUUGCUUAUUUCAUGUUGACUGCGAUGGUAGA